AUGGAAGAAGUAGCGCGCAGGAGACUACAUCAUCAGAUUUUCCCCUGGAUGAAACAAGUGAAUGAACGAUGGCAAGCUCCCCCACCUGGGGUGGUUAGACUCGAUGUGGAUGCAUCAGUUCGCGACAAUCAAUAUGCAGCAUGCGGUGGAGUGAUUCGAGAUGAGAACAGAGACUGGAUCAUGGGAUUUCAAAAGCUACUUGGAACACAUCCAAUCAUGAUAGCAGAAAUCCUUGCCAUUAAAACAGGUUUAGAAGUAUGCAGAGAUUUGAAAUUCACACAUGUGCAGGUAUUUUCUGACUUGUUGGAGGCUGUGAACAUCCUGAUGAGAGACAGUGGGACACAACACCCUUUUCGUGAUGAGAUUGAGGCCACCCGACAGCUUUUAUAUGAGAACUGGAAUUUAUCAAUUCAAUAUGCUGAUAGAGAGGCCAUAGAAUGCGCAGACUGUUUGGCCAAGAAAGCGCAUGAUGUUGAUGGACAAACUGUCCUCCUACCAGAUAUCCCUUCAUAUUGUCGAAGUAGAAUUCUGCUAGAUCCACACCAUGUUGUAGAGGGAUCGAAUGUCCAUAUGUAA